AUGCGCGAUUCUUUAGAUGAUUCCUAUUUUGUCUCUGACCACAACACCUCCUUACACGGAAAGUCGCUCGGGAUUUUUGGUCCAAAGUCCCCCUUCAGAAAUUGGUGUCACAAAGUUGUUUCCCACAAGUUCACAAACUUGGCAGUCACCGUCAUCAUCUUUUUCCAGACUGUUCUUUUGGCCCACAGACAAUGGAAUCCCAUGAAGGAUUACGGAUAUUAUUUUGACGGCUACUCUGCGGGGGACUAUAUUUUAGUCAUCAUAAAUUGCUUAUACACCGCUGAAAUGGCGAUGAAGACUGUUUCAUACGGGCUCUACGAUGAUCGAGUCAUGUUCAAAAAUUUAGGUAUGGAAUACCCAAAACGAAACUCAAUUUUAGGAAACAGCUACUUUUAUUCGCUUUUGCUGGAAAAAGUCUCUCAUGGCAUUAUUUAUUUGAGACAUUUGAGGUCAACAUUGUCGCCGAAUCAGUCCAAGUCAAAUAAAGGACAAGAGUUGUCAAGUAUGAAUGACAACACAACGUCCGUUUAUGGGAUAGCUGCACAAGUCUCCACGCGAGAAAAGUUUCAGUAUCCUGGUCUUCAUAUCUCGCGAUCAAACAAUUCAAUAUCAGAUAGAAACGAUGCACUGUCCUCACUUUCCCCAUCAAACCCAAGACGAAAAGGUCUUUUCAAGCUGAAUACUUUCUUCCGCCUGGACUAUUUGAGCAAUGUCUUAGGUGAUCUGCAAAUAAAGCGUGCUUUUCUUCGUGACAAUUGGCAGAGAUUGGACUUCAUAGCUAUUCUUUCAUUUUGGAUUUCAUUACCGAUGUCAUUGAAUCACUGGGACGCCGCUCAUCAUGUGAUGAUUUUCCGUGCAUUGAGCUGUAUUCGUAUUCUCCGGCUUUGCAAAUUGACGGAUGGUACCAACAUGAUACUCAGAGCUUGCGAAUCUUGUCUACCGCAGUUGAUCGAUGUGGGUAUAUUUAUUGCCUGCUUCUGGUUCAUCAUUGGAAUUGUUGGUGUUCAAUCCUUCAAAUCAUCCCUAACAAGACAUUGUGUCUGGACGAACCCAGAUGAUCCAUCUGAGGUGUAUAUUGACACAGAUCUGUAUUGUGGCUCAUACUUAGGAACAGACGGUGAAAUUUAUUCUUAUCUAGACAGGAACGGCAAUCAUGCCGCUUAUCCCAAGGGUUUCAGAUGUCCUGUGAAUUCAGUAUGCCAGAGCGGGGAGAAUCCUUACAAUGGGACGGUGAAUUUUGAUAAUAUUCUCCAAUCGAUGCAAAUGGUGUUCGUGAUGAUAAGUGUUAACACGUUUUCGGACAUUAUGUACAAUUUGACCGACACGGACAGCUUAGCUGCUUCAUUGUUCUAUAUUGUUGGAAUAUUCAUUUUAACAGUGUGGCUCAUGAACAUCUUCACUGCUAUUAUUGUUUCCUCCUUUAAAAACAUACAACUUGAGGCCGCGGAAGAACAAAAGCGAGCUUCGGGAAAGCUGAAAAAAAAGACCCUCAUAAAGCAGAUUUUCAACAACGAAGUUCACAACAACAAGGUUCUUGAGUUGAUUGAAAAGAAGCCACUCUUGAAGAUGUAUUACCGCUUUGAAUUCAUAUUCAUUUUGGUCAUCUUUGCAUCUCUAAUCACCCAGAUGUUUCGAGAUAGUACCAUGUCUGAGGCGCGAGCGCAUAAAUUGUACAUAGUAGAGUCUGUGUUCACUCUGAUUUUGUUGCUUGAAAUCAUUAUCAGGUUUACGUUGUACAUGCCAAGCGUUAAGACAUUUUUUUUGUCCAGAGGAAAUUGUUUCGACUUGAUUCUUGCCACUAUCACAUCCAUAAUGAUUCUUGGCCCUGUCAAAAACAAACUCGGCCAUACUUAUUACUGGCUUACAUUUUUUCAAUGUGCCAGAUUUUACAGAGUGGUCUUAUCAUCCAGAAUCACGUCUGAUCUUUGGAUAAAGAUUUUUCGAAACUUCAAGCCAAUAUAUGAUCUCACGUUGUUUUAUUUCAUUCUUUUGUUUUUGGGCGGGAUCAUUGUUGCACGUUACUUCGAGGGAACAAUUCCUCCCGAUGAUGUUGAUACCGUUAUAUUUGCGAUGCACACACUACCAAACACGCUAAUGUCUCUUUAUGUUAUAACAUCUACAGAAAAUUGGGCGAAUAUCAUGUACGGCCUUCAAGAAUAUGCUACUAGCACCUUUCAAAGAGCUAUGGGCUCGAUAUUACUUGUGCUAUGGUUCAUGAUCACCAACUUGAUUGUGAUGAAUAUUUUUAUUGCUGUCAUUGCAGCCCCAAUGGAAAUUUCAAUUGAGGGUCGUAAGAAGUAUCAAGUAAGACACUUCAUUAACGAUAUGACUGAAAGACUUCAGACUGUCAGGGUAAAUCCAGGGUGGAUCCAAAAGCUAAAAUCAAAAGCUUUCAAGCCAAAGGAAGAAAAAAAUAUGGAGAAAGCCAUUACAAAUUUGCUUUUGAGUGGAAGAGCGGUGAAUGAAUUCUUAGAUGGGGAUGAACUUGCGGCUGAGAGAAAUCAAAAUGAUUUGGAAACACAUAAAAAUGUUAUCGUACGGUGGUGGGCUUCGAAAUUAAAGAGCACAAAAAAGUUCUUCCAAAAUCCGUUUUAUUCCAAAAGAUCCAUGGAGACAGAUGUCUCCAAUUUCAAUCCCGCUGAAUUUGCGACAAGAGUUAUAACGGAGAGGCGAAAGCUAAUUUCUGAACAGGACCAGUACUUGAAGGAAAAUCCAAAUUUCAACACUGUGUUCUAUGUAUUGGGACCUCGCCAUAAGUUAAGGAGAUUAUGUCAAAAAAUUGUCCCAUCUAGUCACGGUGAAAGAAUUGAUGGCACAGAGCCCAAUAAAAUUGUGGCAGAAAUUUUUUCUUUAUUCAUGUUUCUUUCGACGAUUGGUAUUGUUGCAACAGCAUGUUAUCAAACACCACUCUAUCGUAGUGAAAUGACUCAAAAGUUUGGAAAGUGGAACUGGACUUUCUACAUUGAUACUUGCUUUAUGGCAAUAUUCACUAUUGAAUUUUUUGUGAAAGUUGUUGCUGAUGGCUUCUUGUUUACUCCAAAUGCUUAUGUCAGGUCUUCCUGGAAUUGGCUUGAUUUUGGUGCACUUGGCUCGUUGUGGAUUGAGUUCAUCGCAUUUUUGAAGAAUGAUAGUGAAUUGUCCCGAAUUGUGCGGGGGUUGAAAGCACUAAGAGCUUUGAGAAUUCUCACGAUUAGUGAGACGGCAAAAAACAAUUUUCAUUACACCAUGAUUUCCGGUUUUGGGAAGAUUUUGAGUGCUGCAAUCAUAUCCCUUACUUUACUUCUUCCAUUUUCCGUAUGGGGAUUGAAUAUCUUCAACGGAAGACUCGGAUAUUGUCUCGAUGAGGCUUCUGGUGUCGCUGAAUGCUACAAUGAAUAUCGGAAUGAGGUAUAUGACUGGGAAAUCGUAAGCCCCAAAGUUUAUGUUGAGCCUAUGCUUGAAUUUAACGAUUUCAGAUCUUCAUUUUCAUCUCUAUAUCAGAUUGUUUCCUUGGAAGGAUGGAGUGAUCUUUUGGUCAAUGUCAUGCAAAGCACUGGCGUGGGAACUCCUCAAAAGAUGUUUGCAAGUCCGGUAAGUGGGUUGUUUGUCAUUCUUUUUAAUUUUGUCAGCACCGUUUUCAUUCUUACUUUGUUUGUUUCGGUCAUUAUUAAUAAUUACUCGAAAGUUACUGGAAGGGCUUACUUAACACCGGUACAAGUGCAGUGGUAUCACGUCAAAAAAUUUCUCCUACAAGUCAAGCCAUCCCAGAGGAAGGGAGCUGAAUCUUUGACUGGCAUUCGGAAAUUUUGCUACAUGAUAACUGUCGAGAAAAAUCGGGUUUGGACAUUUGUUCUAAAUUCAGGGUUAUUGUUGCAUAUCUUUGUGUUGCUUCUUGAGGCGUUUCCUUCGAUUGUUCCCAAUACUUUCCGUUACUCUUGCUUCAUGAUAGUAUCAUCCUGUUUUCUUGCCCAUUUCAUCAUGUUGAUUAUCGCUCAGAAGCUUGGUGGAUUCAUUCAAAACAAAUGGAAUGUUUUCUCGCUGCUUGUUGUAUUUGGUGCAUGGAUCACAACAAUCUUAGCUUUCUUCAUCAACUCCGACAAUCUAUUCAUUAAUUUUAACAAGAUGUUCUUGGUUGGCCUUUUAAUCUUCCUUUUUCCGAGAAGUGAUCGCUUGAAUCAGUUGAUGAAAUUUGCAUCCGCAUCGUUCCCAUCGUUAUUUUCCUUGAUAUUCACAUGGUUUGUUAUUUUCAUCAUGUAUGCAAUUGCCAUGAAUCAGAUUUUUGGAAUGACCAAAAUCGGCCCGAACACAAGCGGGAACAUAAAUUUGAGAUCGGUUCCGAAGUCAUUGAUUCUUCUUUUUCGAUGCUCUUUUGGAGAAGGUUGGAACUACAUUAUGGAUGAUUUUACCCUAGAAGAGCCUUUCUGCCAGUCGGGAACAUCCAAUGGAGAUUCUGAUUGCGGCAGCAAAGAAUAUGCAUACUUUUUGUUCAUGUCAUGGAAUGUGAUUUCGAUGUAUAUCAUGUUGAACCUUUUCGUCUCGCUUAUCUUGGACAGUUUUAGUUAUAUUGCUGGUGGAAAGCAAUACGCUCAUUUAAUCAGCCGUCCGGAGAUUAGAAAGUAUAAGAAAUGUUGGCAAAAAUUCGACCCACAAGGCACAGGGUACAUUUCACCACAGGACUUGCCCCGGUUUCUUCACCUGCUUGAUGGCGCUUUGAGCUUUCACUUCUAUAGCGGUGUGUUGAGUGUUCCGGAACUAUGCUCCAGAUGGAUUACCCGAAAUAGUUUGACCAAUCCGUACGAUAUUGACAUUGAUUACAGCGAGAUAAACUCCAUAUUACUGAUGGUCAAUAUUUCAAAGAUCCAGGAGCGGAGAAAAGUGUAUGAGCAGUUUACCGAAAAGGCCAUCAUGAGCAUGCAAUUGCACGAGGAGCCAGGGAUUUCAUUCACAAAGCUUCUCAUACAAAUACCUUUGUACAGCUCUUUCAACCAAAAUGAAUGCUUGAUUUUCAUUGACUACAUGGAGACCGAUCUCAUGGAGAAAAAAGUGGCCGAGAGGUUGAGAAAAAAGAGAUGCUACGAAUUAAUUGAAGGGUACGCGUGUCGGUGGAGGUUCUUGAGAUGGAAACACGGCAAGAUCCUGACAGAAGAGUUUUUGAAGAGAGACCCUCAGCCCCUUCCCGAAUCACUCUAUCAGGAGGACACAUAUCCUGAUCAUUUGGGAUAA